CAGCACAGCACCAUUCAAAUUUGGAAAGUCAAUCGCUUCGGUUGUGUUUUUUUCUGUUUCAUACAUAAAUUCGUGCGGUCACGUAUAUACAAAUAAUUAUACCAAAAGUAAACAAAAAGGAUUACAACAGUCCAACUUAGAUUGAGUUUUAUUCAUUCGCUUCGUCAAAAGAUUAAAAUAAAAAGCUACCACAAUGGAUUGUGGCACAUCUAUGGCUAAAUAUUUGCUUUUCGCAUUCAACACUGUUGUUUCGAUCAUUGGCAUUUUGGGUAUUGUUUUUGGUGCAUUGAUGCUCAACAGCAUCGGCACCAUCGAGGUGAAUGGUCAAGUCGGCUUUCCCGUCCAGGCGAUUAUGCCAAUUAUACUCAUAACAAUUGGUUCGAUUGUCGUAUUCAUUUCAUUUUUGGGCUGUUGCGGUGCCAUACGCGAGUCGGUAUGCAUGACCAUGAGCUAUGCGGUCUUCCUGUUGGUACUGCUCAUACUACAGCUUACCAUUGUUGUAUUGCUCUGGACAAAUAAGGAGAAAUUCAAUACGGCCAUGGGUGAGGUGAUCGAUAAGGCUUGGGAACAGCAAUCACGUGAAUCAGGUGUCUUUGAAGCUAUACAGCGUUCGUUGAAAUGUUGCGGCAAGAAUGGCGUCUCCGAUUAUGUACUCUUGCUACAGACCCCACCACCAAGCUGUUGUGAGCGUGACGAUUGUUUGAACCCAUUGAAUAUCUAUGGCGGUUGCCGCAGCAAAUUCCAAGAAUUCAUGUCCUUCAGCACUGACACAGCCAAAUAUGUUGGUUUGGGUUUGAUUGGUGUAGAGUUGGUUGGCUUCAUCUUCGCCUGCUGCCUGGCCAAUAACAUACGCAACUACAAGCGACGAAACAACUACUAAAGGGCAGCGCAAAGGGAUUCAAAAAUGGUUUACUCUUGUACCAGUUCCAAGAAAAAAAAAAUUUUUCCUUUUUCUAUUUCUUAAUGUCGUCGUGAAACGCACAUUUCAUUUGAAAUAUUCGAAAUAAUUAAACAGUUACUGAAUUAAACAAUUGAUUUCGAAAAAUGCAUUUUUUUAAAUAUGAAUUAAAUAUCCAUAUAUACAAUGGCAUACAUAUGUACACAUUUAAGUAUAAAGUCUGCCGAAAGGUAUACAAAAAAUGUUAUGAAAAGUUAAAUAUGAAAUAUACAUAUGUAUGUAUUUUUACUUUUGAACUAUUAAAUUAAAAUAAGCAAA